AUAUUAGAAGCUUUUUUCACCAUGCCGGAGUUAGAUUUAAAUAGCUGCUUAUAAAAAACGCUUGUUAAGCUAAAAGAUUUGAUUAGGUGAACGAUCUUCAUUCGUUUUAAGGAGAUUAAAUCAAUAAGCACAAGUAUGGGUCGGAAAAACAAUAAAAAAUCUCCAUCAAAUGAUGAAAUCGAGACAAAGGAAAUAUUAGAAUUCGGCAUAAAAGUAUUGGUGAAUUAUGAUAGUUCAUCUCCAUCAACAAAGUCAUCUUUUUACAAUGAUAAAAUGCAAUAUAAUAGAUUACUGUCUCUAAUUUGCUUACGAACGCUACGCAACACAUUGGAAUAUAAUGGAAAGUUAAAAUGUUUAGAUGCAUUUUCAGCUACCGGAAUUUCGGGUAUGUUGUGGAAUAAAUACGUUGAUAAUGUUGAAGUAACAAUGAAUGAUAUAAAGGAAGAUUCCAUAAGUUCUAUUAAAACAAAUUGUAUUCUAAAUAAUGUUCAAUUUGUCGAAAAUGAAAAAACCAUUGAUGAUAAUGCAGUGAUAAUAACCCAACAAGAUGCUAACGUUUUAAUGCAUUCCAAACAGUAUCACUUUGUACAUCUUGACCCGUUUGGAUGUCCUGUUCAUUUUUUAGAGGCAGCUUGCCGAAAUACUUAUAACAAAGGAAUUAUUGUAGUUACAGCAACAGAUAUAGCAGCAUUAUUCGGGAAUGCUCCCUCAGUUCUACUACGUAAUUAUCAAGCAACAACUUUCAAAUGUGAUUAUAUCAAAGAACUUGGCGUGAGAAUUCUUAUAGGGGCUAUUUGCAGAACUUUGGCAAGAUGCAAUAAAGGAGUCAGAAUUCUUUAUUCUGUUGCUGUUGGUCAUUUUAUUCAAGUCGCCGUUCAAGUUUUGAGAGGAGCGUUAAAAGCCGAUAACAGCUUAACAAACGUUAAGAGAGUUAUACAUUGCAGCUUUUGUCAACAAUGGACAAUUCAUCCUGAAUCUCAUCACCCACCUGAAAAUCCUUACAAGUUACUCGACUGCCCAUGUUAUCAAGAUUCAUCAGCAAAAAUGGGUGUUGAAAUAGGACCAAUGUGGGUUGGUUCUAUUCAUAAUCAGGCGUUUCUUAAGAGCUUUAUCUCUAAUUCUAAUGACUUGAAGAAAACUCUACCUAUUGAUGAUGAUUUUAUGCACCUAACAAAAGUUCUUCUUUUAGAAAGUGUUUGUCCAGACACAAAUAAAAAGGAAGAUGAACUUUUUUCGGAAGAAACUAAUAAAGGAGAUAUUUCUACAGGCAAGAGGGAAAGGGAAGAGACCGUUGACAAUUCUUCUACAGCGCCUAUGUUUUAUUUAAAUCUUCAUAAAUUAAAUUUAAAGGAUAUGAAUUUACCAAGAUCUAGAAAAAUAGUUGAGCUGCUUCGUUCAGCAAACUAUCAAGCAUGUAAAACACAUUUUUGCGAUCGUUCAAUCAGGACUAACGCAACGUAUCCAGUUAUUAAAGAAUUAAUUGGACAUCAUUUUUACCAUAAUGAAAAUAUGCAUAUUGAUUUUCUGUAGAUAAAAUAAGAAAUUUAUAUCGUUGCAAGUUUAAUUAGGUAAUCAACAGAGUGAAAAACCUAAUCUCGUAUGCUUCAUUAUACAUGAAAAAACUCUGAUUUUCUGAUAAUUAGAAUACUAAAUAAGAUAGUUCAAAGGAAAAUAGUUGGUACAAAAGCAAUCAAGGGCCAUUGAAAAUACAAAAAGUAGAUUCUCAUAGCUCAACAUCGAUAAACAAAUGUUGAAAGAGGCGAUAUCUACAAUUCCAAAAUUUUAAACAUUUUUAAAUUAAUA